GCAAGUGUAAACAAAAGUAAAUAAACAGUAACAGUAGUUUGGGACUAUUGAAAACUUCUAUGAGUAACGCUACGGCCACGGCGUAUCGCAGGCGGACAGCGUUUAUUCGGUCCGCUGUAAUCGAGCGGCCGCGGCCGGCCGGUAGGAUUGUGGAGCCAGCUUUUUGUAGCUAACUUCACACGCAUAGUGGUGCUGACGAAGCAUACGUGAGCAAAUGGUUUGCAUAUCACGGUAUGUUGUUCUUAGCCGACAAGAAUAAACCACGAGAUGGUCGAUAAUGUUGAGGAUUCAGUGGAAUGUGGCGAGGGAAAAAAAGGCAGACAAAAGGAAAACACUGAAAAAGGGGAGAAAAUUCGGGACCAAGAUUCACCUCAACCAUCAACUCAAGAGGAACAUGCAGCAGCGGAGACUCCUACAAAAAUACCCAAAAUGAAAGUUUUCAGAUUUCCGAAAACCCACAAAACCAACUCAGCAAAAGUUUUUAUGAGUACUUCUGCUAAGGCACCUGACCUGACGAAGCGUUGAAUGUUAUGAAAUCCAUUCAAUCAAAAAGGGUGGCCCCCAAAGAUGAAUAUUCAUUGUG